AGUUGGGGACAGAAUGAGGGACAAAGAGUCGUCAUGGCCGGUGGAGAUCUGAAAGCAAAAGCUUUCGCUUUUGAUUCAUGGCCGCCCAGAAGCUGACACACUCCUCCCUCGCCUCCUCCUUUCUCCCCGCUGAAUCCGAUCUCCAAAAGCGAAAGGUCGGAUUAAAAAUGGCGCGGCGAAUCUCCCGCCCCCUCAAAAAGGCGAAGGUGAGAACGCUAUGCGGCCAUUAAAGAUCAAAAGUGGCUCCUUGGGCGUCAAGGAAACCACAGCUUUUGCAGAGCUAGGGAUUCCACUAAGGAUCUUUCUAUAUAGCUUCAGGAGCUCCUCAUCCUACUUCCAUGGCCUCCGUGGCGAGGAAGCUGGUUGUGGAGGUGGUGGAAGCUCACGAUUUGCUGCCCAAGGAUGGGACUGGGUCUUCGAGUCCCUAUGUGGUUGUUGAUUUCGAUGGGAAGCGGAAGAAGACGCAGACGGUGCUCCGGGAUCUGAAUCCGGCGUGGAAUGAGGCCUUGGAGUUCGCGCUAAUUGGGCCCGUCGACGACGCCGGGGAGCCGAUCGAGGUUGAGGUCUACCACGACCGGCGCGCCGGGCCGAGUAGCCGGAAUAAUUUCCUCGGGCGGGUGAAGAUCGACCCAAAGAAGGUGGUGAGGAAGGGGGAGGAGGCUGCUGUCGGCUUUCCGCUGCAGAAGAAGAACUUCUUCGGUUGGGUUCGAGGUGAGAUUGACCUGAAAAUGUAUUAUGUCGACGAACCGGUUCCCGAACCGGCACCUCCGGCGCCGCCAGAGAAUCCGGUGGAGACGGGUGCUAAUGAGGCGGAAGAGCCGCUGGUGGCUGCUGCAGAGAAAGUGCUUGACGAAAAGCCCGAACCUGAAAAAUCGCCGGAAGCUGCAGCUGCUGACGCCGAAAAGCCAGCUGAACCCGUUCGUUCGCAGGAACCAGCGGCCGAGAAUGUUUCGGAGACGGUCGAAGCCAAUCCGACGCUGCCGCCGGCGAAGCUCAGCGCGGAAGAAGCCGCAGCUCCGGCGGUGGGAGCGGAGAAAGAGGCCGCCCCGAUGUGGGCUCCGCGCCCGAAGCAAAUGGCUCCACCGGUGGUGCGGUCCCCGGAGGUCGCGGAGCGCUCCAAGUACGACCUGGUGGACAAGAUGCAGUACCUCUUCGUACGGGUCGUUCGAAGCCGAGCCCUUCCCGGCGACGCGAAGCCGCACGUCCGGGUGGCUGCCUACGGCCGCCAAGUCAGCACGAGGACGGCCUUGCGGUCGGUCUUCUUCGAAUGGAAUCAGACCUUCGCAUUCAUUCGCGACGCAUCAGCGGCCGCCGCCGACCCCUCCGCCCUGGAGAUCUCCGUGUGGGAUCUACCGCCGGACUCCGACACCCACGACGAGGAGGAUGAUCACUUUCUCGGCGGAGUGCGCUUCGACGUUUCGGAGAUCCCGCUGCGCGACCCACCGGAUAGCCCACUGGCCCUGCAGUGGUACCGCCUCGAGGGUUUUUCUGGUCGAUCCGGCGAUCUCAUGGUCGCCACCUGGAUCGGCACCCAGGCAGAUGAGUCGUUUCCCGACGCGUGGAAGGCCGACGCGCCCACCCACGUCGGUUCCCGCUCCAAGGUCUACCACUCCCCCAAGCUCUGGUACCUCCGCGCCAGCGUUAUUGAGGCGCACGACGCCCUGGCGCCGUCGAACAGAGACUACGCCGUCGCCGUUAAGGCCGCGCUCGGUUUCCAAGUGUUGAAGACGCGAAACGCCGUGAGCCGUAACGGUGCACUGCCGACGUGGAACGAGGACCUCCUCUUCGUGACCGCCGAGCCGUUUGGCGACGAACAUAAGCUGGUUCUCUCCCUCGAGCUCCGCCACGGGAAGGACGCCAUCGCGCUGGGGUCUGCCUCCAUCCCCCUUUCCUCCGUCGAACGCCGUGUGGACGACAGGAAAGUGGCAUCCCGAUGGCUUCACCUCCUGCCGGAGGGCGACGAGGCUCCGGCAAAAAAGGGCCAGAAGCCUGGCGUCGGCGGCCGCCUGCACGUGCGCUUGUGUCUCGACGGCGGCUACCACGUAUUCGAGGAGGCGCAAUACUGUCAGAGCGAUUUCCGGCCGUCUGCACGGCAGCUAUGGCAGGCGCCGGUAGGCGUCAUCGAGCUUGGGAUCAUCGGCUGCAGGGGCCUCCUUCCUGUGCGCGCCAUCGACGGCAAGGGAACCACCGACCCGUACGCCGUCGCCAAGUACGGGCCCAAAUGGGCUCGAACCCGCACCGUCGCUGACAGCUUCGACCCGGCCUGGAACGAGCAGUACACGUGGCCCGUCUACGAACCAUCCACGGUUCUCACGAUCGCCGUAUUCGACGAAUCUGAAGACGCCACGUCGCGGUCAAUGGGGAAGGUUCGGAUUCGUAUCUCCAAUCUGGAGACCAAUCGGAUCUAUCGCGGAACCUACCCGCUACUGCAACUUCUUCCUUCCGGCGUCAAGCGAAUGGGGGAGAUCGAGCUCGCGGUGCGCUUCUCCCACGCAGGCUCCAACCUUGAUCUGCUCCACGUUUACGUCAGGCCCAUUCUUCCGGCGAUGCAUCACCUCCGCCCCAUACCGGCUGAGCAGCUGGAGUUCCUCCGCCUCGCGGCUGCGAGGAUCGUCGCGACGCACUUGGGGCGGUCUGAGCCAUCGCUGCGGCGAGAGGUAGUGCUGUGGAUGCUGGACGCGACUGGGAAUCCGCGCGGGUACAGCAUGCGACGGGUCCGCGCCAAUUGGUACCGGAUCAUGGUGGCGCUCUCGUGGGUCUCCGACGUGGCCAGGUGGGCAGAGGACAUGCGGGCGUGGCGGAACCCGACGGCCACUGUGCUGGCGCAUGGGGUGCUGGUGCUGCUAGUCUGGUACCCGGAGCUGGCCGCCCCGUCGAUCAUGGGACACGUGGCAGUCGUCGGGGUGUGGAGGCGCCGGAGACGACUAAGAGAGCUGAUGCCGCACCCGUGCCUGAGGGCGUCGCAGGCGGAGGUGGUGGAGCGGGAGGAACUGGACGAAGAGUUUGACCCAGUGCCGAGCCUGCGGGGAUCGGAUGUUGUUCGCGCCCGGUACGACAAGAUGCGCGCGGUGGCGGCCAGGUUUCAGGCGAUGCUGGGGGACGUGGCAGCCCAGGCUGAGCGGGUUCAGGCGCUGGUGACUUGGAGAGACCCACGGGCGACGGGGAUGUUCGUGGUGCUGUGCUUCGUGGUGGCAGUGACGCUCUAUGUGGUGCCGGCGAGAAUGACCGCAGUGGCGGCGGGAUUCUACUACUUGAGACACCCAAUGUUCAGGGACCGUUUGCCGUCGGCCGCUGUCAACUUCUUCCGGCGGCUUCCUUCGCUAGGUGAAAGAAUUUUGUGAAGAAAAAAUGAUCUUGUUGGAAGUGGGGAUUUCAAUUUCCUUCAAAUGAGAUGGGGUAUUUCCUAUAGGGAGGAUAUGAAGUAUUUGAAUAUAUUUUUGGAUUUAAAUA